UAGAGCAGGCCUGCAAUUUUCAAUCUAGACUGCUCCUCUUAGUCUCCGCUCAUCAUGGACCCCAACCAAGAAUCGUCCGUCUUCCUGGUGAAGAUUUUGGAGGAGCUGGAAACCAAGCAAAACACAAUUUCCUAUCAAGAUCUGUGCAAGUCACUGUGCGCUCGUUUUGACCUGUCUCAACUUGCCAAACUGAGGAGCGUGCUCUUUUACACCGCCUGUCUCGACCCAAAUUUUCCAGCCACUUUAUUCAAAGACAAGAUGCGAUGCAAUGUGAACAACAGGCAAUCCAAGAAAAUCAUGGUGGCGGCAGAUAUUGUCACAAUCUUCAACCUGAUUCAGAUGAACGGGGGUCUGGCCAAGGAAAAGUUACCAACGGCCCGGCAGAAAGUCAGGAAGAAGGAGUCGUUCGAGUCGUGCCGGUCUGACACGGAGGUAUGCAGCGCGGUGGACUGUGGGCCCGCUGGUUGUGAACUGAGAGACCGAGAAUUCAACCGGGGUUUCUCGUCUAGGAGGUCUUCAAAAUGCCGGAAGUUGGACUUCGAAGAGUGCCAGCAACAGAGACAGGACUCAGAAGCCAACUUUCCGUUGAGGGCGAAUAAGGAGGUGAAGCGUCGGACGGGUUCUCUAGACAGACUGCAGGCCCUGGUCUCCUAUUCCAUCGCCACCUCUCAGCCAUGUGAGAUGCAGAGAACUUAUUUUCCCAUGAACAUCGAGAACGACUCCAUCUCAGAGCAAAACUCCUUGUCUGUCAACCCAGAGCUCAGAGGGAGCUUUGUGACCCACGAGGAGCCAUUUGCGGUGCCGUCAUGUGUCCAGAAAAGAAACAUAUUCAAAGAAGAUUUUCACAACCUCAUAGCCAUCUCUCCCAGUUUAGUACCUCCUGGGCAAAAAGUCGAGGAUGGAGGCGGAGAACCCCGGUCCAAGAAGGAAUCCCAGAAGCCUCCCUCCUUCAAUCACAGCUUUGAGCUGCCCUACAGCUCCCGGUAUCUGAAUGCCGUUUAUUCCCCGAUCCCUGACAAAAGGCGGGCAAAGCACGAAAGUUUAGAUGACCUCCAAGCCUCCACUUACUUUGGACCCACCACACUGCUGGGGAAUCAGGAAACCAAGCAGUGGCCAGGGAAGGCAAGCAAACAGACUGCCUGGCCAGUGAAAAGCUGGAGCUUAAACACCGAGGAGGUCCCUGACUUUGAGAGGUCUUUUUUCAGUCGGAAACCAGUCGAAGAGAAGCUGCGGUACGCUAGCCCCAGUGGCCAGCCAUCCAAUUUUGCAGCUCCGGACAGACACCAGCCCUACCUAAACCCAAAGGAUCAUCAGCAGCCAGUUCCCCCUGGAAGUUACGCUCUGAAGCAUAUCCGAACCAAGUCCAAAGAUAUCCCCCUGGACUUAGAGACAGAGGAGGCCAUCAAGACAUUUAAAGAUAAAGGCAUCAACUGUCCCUCUGUCCAGCUGAGGACCGUCGACCAGACGAGUAGCGUAGGGACGCAGACUGACCAACAGGUGCUAGACCAAUCCGGCCAAGGGGAAGAUCCAGACCCUCCGGGACAGGGUCAGUUUGGAGAGAGGCGCUCAACGAAGCCGGUGGAUGAGGACUCGGAAAUUGUGAGCGACGACAUCAGCGACAUUUUCCGGUUUCUCGACGACAUGAGCAUCAGCGGCUCGACGGGCCUGAUCCAGUCGUCCUGCUGCAACAGCACGGGGUCUCUGUCUCAAGUAAACAAAUCAGAGUGUGACAGCUCCCCUGAACACAACCUAGCCAAGGGCACCGCCGGAAGUUCUAGCCACAAGGCGGACAAGCUGGCCAGAAUGGACAACGGCCACCCUGGAGAUGAACUGAAGGCCAGCGUCUGCAAACUCGUGCUAAGGAUUGGCGAGAUAGAAAAGAAGCUCGAAUCGCUCUCUGGGGUCCGAGAGGAAAUAUCCCAGGUCUUAGGCAAAUUAAACCGUCUGGAUCAAAAGAUUCAGCAACCCGAGGAGGUCAGCGUUCAGAUCGAUCUGAAUUCCUUAACAAGUGAAGUGCAGUCUGAGGAUGGUCCUUCUCUGCAGAUGUUCCAGAAGCACCGCGACUCACCCGGAUCCCCUCUGGAGAACAAUCCCGACUGGUGUUGUUCCGAUGCCAGCGGGAGUAACACUGAUAGCCUACGAGUUAAGGCUUUAAAAAAGAGUCUUUUUACUCGGAGGUCCUCCAGAUCGCUGACUGAGGAGAACAGCGCCACUGAAUCCAAAAUAGCAAGUAUUUCCAAUUCCCCCAGGGACUGGAGAACAGUCACGUACACCAACCAGGCGGGCCUUGGGGAAGGAGAGAUGAAAGAAAGAAGUGCCGGUGAAAAUAAAGACUGGCUGAGGAAAUCGAAAGAGGUAGACCAGCAGUACGGAAUUCCUCAGCCACACCGAAUAUCUAAGCAGUCAAAAGAUGGUUUCCUGAUCGAACAAGUCUUUAGUCCUCAACCGUAUCCUGCGUCUCUCAAGUCACACCUGAAAAGCAACCCAGGGUACACGGACAUGAGACUGACUGACCUGGCUGAAGUGAAACGAGUACAGCCAUCCUGGACCCUGGAGGAAUACACACGGAACUCCAGUGACAAGGGGAAGCUGAGUGCUUUGGAUCUGCAGACUCAAGAAUCCUUAAAUCCAAACAACCUAGAAUAUUGGAUGGAAGAUAUCUAUACCCCAGGCUAUGAUUCUUUACUGAAGCGUAAAGAAGCCGAAUUCAGAAGAGCAAAGGUCUGCAAGAUUGCCGCGCUGAUUUCGGCAGCCAUUUGUACAGUUAUCCUGGUCAUUGUCGUCCCCAUUUGUACCAUGAAAUCGUGAAUCCAGGAAGAGUCUGUGGAUGCAGCAGCAGAUGGCAAGAUUCCGACUUUCUUCUGCGUUUCAACCUCUCGUGGUAAAACCGUAAUGAUUUGCUGGAUUGGUUGGGAAUAUCAGGGGGACUUUUCCGUAAGAAAUGAAGAUGAUUUUUGGCAUCAAUACAGUUCGUUAGAAAAGAAUCUGGCUAAUGUUAGCGCUGUUCAAUUUUUAUGCAUUUUUAGAAGUGCAAUAUUUUUCUUAUGACUAUUACCAUGUUUUAGGGCAGAAACUAACUGAAUUCUAAGCAAAAAAGCAAAGGGCGCUUUUGACUUUUGUGACAUUCUAAUGAAAUCAAGCAGUGGCAAGCGUAUUUUUGAGGAUGAAGACAUUCGAUAUGUGUCUUAUUUGGGGUUCCAGGGAAAUACUGAAACGUGAAAAACAUGAAUGUAAUGAAUUGUUUUUUCAGGAUUAUCUCUCAAUUGGUAUAUAAAAGUGGGUUGUGAAUUCACUCUAAAGGACUUCCUGCCAAUACCUGUUUUGAGGGGGUUCUGAUUUCUCAUUCACAGACCUUUAGACCUUCCAUUAUUGUGCCAUAAUACUUAUAUCAUUUCCUCAGCUGGCCAUAGCUCUGUUUCUGUCAUUGAAUAAAACCCUCGUGGGGAACUGAGUGAGGAGAUAGGUAAAAUGGGGCAGACUGACACCUUCAAAGUCUGUUCUUAUUAGGCUGAUGUGUUGAAUUUGCGAUUGCCUAACCUGCUCCUGUCUUCCCCCCAACCACAACAAGAAAAACGGGGAUUUUUCAAACCAUCCCAGAGCUUCAGCUGCCUACCCCCUAAGCUACCACUAGCAAAUUCCAAUCGCCUCAAGGCCGGUGUCUUCAUUUCAACACCCCCUCCGAGCCUAACACUCUUGUUUCUUUCAGAGGAAAUCUGAAAAGAUUGUCACCCGUCCUGGUGCCUUGUAGAACAACGAAUGAGCUUUAAUAUUUUAAAUCCAUAAGUUGAUUAAUAGAUUUCUAACUCGUCUUGAGUGAUUCUGCAUGCAUAAUGAGUGAUGCUUGAUCUCAUCCACCCCAGCUGAGGAUUUCAUUAUAGCCCCGGUGACAAUAAUAUUCCACACCUUUUAGUAGGCCAACCAUAGUCUGCCUCACCAGCUCAUUGCAUUCUUUGUAACCCUGCUGAACAAGAUACAAACGUCACCCAUCAGUGCUCUGUUUUUGAACAAAUACUAUAGCGAAUGGUGCUUUAAUGAAACAACUUCGCUGCCACAAUGGAUUACAGGGUUAGCAUUUGAAGGACUGUGACACAGAUGCAAUGCAUUACUCUGUCUUGUCCCAGUAAAUACCUGUGAAAUUGCUUUGGAAACUAAUCGAAAAUUAAGAGAUCAAUAGGAGACUUUGUUUCCUUUGUGUUCAAAUCCUUAAUAAUAAGGUUUAACUUCCUAUCUUGGUUCAACUUCCUGCAGGGUGAACUCAAAGAUGAUGCAAUUCAUCAGGGAAUUAGGUCUGGGUAAACUUCUCCAGGUAAUAUUUAUUGAGCGCUUGCUGUGUGCAAAGCACCAUACUAAGCACUUAGCACCGUACUAAGUGCUAUGGGUUUCCAGGUGCCAAAACACCCUGCAAAGAGCAGGGGCGAGAUACAAAGUAUUCAGAUCAAUCACCGGGCUUGUUCUGCAUGGGGCUCACAAUCUACGAGCUAUGGAGGCAAGUAU